ACAAAGACUCUUUCGUACGACACAAGCAAGAGUCUUGAGACACAAGAAACCAGAAAAAGAUGCUUGAAACCGUAGCAAUAUGGGGCAAGAUGGUGUCGAGUAUUAUGCUCAUUUGGGCGAUGUACUCACAAUACAUCCCUCGCCAUAUACGAUCUCAAAUGGAGAUAUACUUCUACAAGCUACUCGGAUGGCUCUCAUUCUACGUCCACAUCAAGUUCAGAUAAGUUAACAAAUCGACUCGAAUAAUAAAACAAUUUGACGAGUAACAGAUUUUUUUUUUUUUUUUGCUAAAACGUUAAUAUCAUAUAAAUAUGAAAAAAGGAACUUACAAAGUUGUAAUCCUAAUGACAACACUUCCAAGGCAAAAAAAGGAAAAACAAGGAAGUAUUACAAGGUAGUAUUGGAGUUUCAACCACCAUUUCACGUAAACUGAAGCCAAGAGGACAAGAGGGUGUUGUAUUUUCUCUUGUCUCUUCUUCCUAAGAGAAUGUUGCGCACCUCUCGAUCAAUAAUCCUAAACACCGUGUUCGGUGGGAUAAGGACCUGAUUAUGGAGGAUAUUAUUUCUCUGCCGCCAAAUGUGGUAGACAGUUGAUUGGGUAGCUAUCUUCUUCAAAAUGGAGACAUUUAGACCACGUGGUAGACGAGUAACAGAUAAUGGGAUCUGCUAAUCAGGCCCAUACAGUUAGACCACGUGGUAGUUUUGUAGUGUUAGGUGAGAUCGAAUCAUCUAUAUAUAACAUACACUCGGCUUAUGAAGCGUUAGGUGAGAUUGAAUCAUUGAAAUAUACGCACAUCCCUCCCUCUGACACUACACUGACUCACCCAUUGGUGUAUAAUCAAUUUUUUUUUAAAAAAAUGGCAGAUGUUGUAGUGGUCUCUGAGACCAUAGUUCGACCAGAGAGCAACGAGGAUGGAUCGGAUCGGGUUAAGAUCCACCUCACUCCAUGGGAUCUCAUCUUCCUUCGAACUGAAUACCCACAAAGAGCUCUUAUCUUCCCGAAACCCGACCCGAAAAUCAACGUGAUUUCUCAACUGAAGUCCUCUCUUUCCGCAGCUUUGAAGAUCGUCUAUCCAUUCGCUGGACGUCUAGUGAAGAUCCACAACGAAGACGACGAAACGGCGUCGUUUUACAUAGACUGCGAUGGCUCGGGUGUCAAAUUCGUGCAUGCAGAUGCUAAAACUGUGUCGGUGAGCGAUGUUUUAGAACGUUCGGGGGAUAACUGGAACACGUUUUUUCCAGCAAACGGAGUUAAAAGCUUAGAAGGUGUCACGGGGUCUUUGCUUGCUCUCCAAGUAACGGAGUUGAAAGAUGGAGUCCUCAUCGGAUACGGCAUUAACCACUUGGUUUCUGACGGAGCUUCCUUCUGGAGUUUUUUCAAAACCUGGACGGAGAUUUGCUCCGCCGCCCGGAAAACGUUUCCUCCUUUGCCUCUCCGUGGCUGGUUCCUCCCAGAGAUUGAUUACCCGAUUCGGAUCCCCAUCUCGGAGACAGUACCAUCAUCACCCGUUAGGGUUGUUGCAUCUUCCUCGUUGCUCUAUCUACGAAAGAAGAUGUUUCGGUUCACGAGGAGACACAUCUCCGAGCUCAAAGCGAAAGCCAACGCCGAGGUUGCUGCUGCUGCUUAUGGCGAGCAUCUGAAAAUCUCGUCGUUUCAAGCCGUUUUGGCGCAUAUGUGGAGGUCAAUAAUCAGAAACAGUGAUCUCGAUCCGGAAGAAGUGAUUCAUUUCAAGUUGCCUAUGGAUUUGAGACAGAGGCUAAACCCUCCGCUCCAGAAAGAGUGUUUUGGAAACAUGGUCGGACUGCCCACAGCCAUUACAACGGCCGGAGAGAUGCUUGACAAUGGACUGGGUUGGGCUGCUUUGCAACUGGACAAAACUGUGAGGUCGCAAACGAAUGAAGAACUCAAGCGUUUUGCUGAGGAUUGGGUGAAGAACCCAAAGAUACCGAAUGGUUUAAUGUUGAAUAAUUCCUUCCUUGUUGGCAGCUCUCCGCGGUUCAAUGUGUUUGGAAACGAUUUUGGUUGGGGUAAACCGAUUGCGGUUCGAGCUGGACCGGGAAUCUCUGGCCAUGGUAGAAUCCUUGUUUACCCGGGAACUGAACAACGAAGCAUGGAGAUUCAAACGUGUUUAUGGUCUCACGUUUUGGAUAAAUUAUUGGCUGAUGCAGAAUUUUUACAGCAUGUCUUAUGUGUUCAUCCAAGUCGAUUGUAAUUCUUUCUUUUAUGUUCUACAUUUCUGCUAGGCAAUCUGUGUGUUAAAGAAAUAAGAAAAAAAUCAUAUUUAAACAAUAGACAAUAAUAGUGCUAGUGGUAGCUAGUACACUAACCCCUCCAAGGGCUUUUGUUCAAACUUGUUUCUCCAGUUUAUGAUAUUACUAGUGGUAUUCCGGCGCGUAAGGUUCGUAUGUUUUAAUCUCUAAUGAGUUCAAAAUCGUUCAUAAUCCUUGAAUCACCAGUAUAUGUGGAUAAGCUCUUACAUUGUGUGUGUGUCUGUUCUUUUACCUGCUUUGUAUGAUGUUGUUGGAGAUGUUACAUUUUGAUGGUCGAUAUGGGUUUCUAGCAAACAUAUAUUAUGUUUUUAUAUUUUCUAGUUGUUGGGUAUUUUUUUUUUCUUUUGAUUGUUCAUUAGGAUAUAUAAUUGUUUCUACUAAAUAGUAAAUUAAUAAUUUGUUUUAGGAAAUGUCACAUUAUACAAUUAAUGUAGUAAUAUUUUCAAAAUCAUCUUAGUAGAAAGGAGAGGUUUCUGUUUCUAAAUUCCCAACGUUGGUCCUCAUUUGUUUUGUUGCUGAUUUUUGAACUGUAAAUUUAUUAUAAUGUGAUAACUAUAGGUUUAUUUUAGGUCAAUAGAUGUGUACUUCUAUAGUUUUAUGCCGAGGAGAAAAUGAUAGUUUUUCGUGCUAUUUAAAUGUGUAAUGAAGAAGACGGAUAGCAUGUGGCGAAGAAGGGUAAGCAUUUAUAUCUUUUAAAUUUUCUUUAGUUUGCUCCAAUUAUUGCUAUUGUAUACUGGUUAAUGGUAAUUGUUUUAAUUUUUCUUAAUGUAGAAGCUAAUUGCAUGUGGAUUUGGAGCUUAGAUUGUAGGCGUUUGGGAUGACUGAUGAAGGAGUGAUAGGGCACGAAAAAAAUUUAUUUAUUUGGGAUAAGUUUGGCUUAUUAUCCAUUUGGAGGUGGAUGUUAUUUUGUUGGUUUACUAUGUUCCCGGACCUUGAUUUUCGUGUAACUUUUUUUUUUGUUUCAAUUCAUUUUUUCUUGUCUACCAACAUAUUUUUUUUUGUCACAUUUGUUGUUGUAAUUAGUAAUUUUUGGUGUAAUGUUUUAGAUUAAUGGUUGAUCAUAUUUCGUAUUUGUGUAAUGAAAUCUGCCUUAUAUCAGUAAGUUGCGUAAUAUUUGUUUGUCUCUUCUUUAAGUUGAGCAGUAAGGCUGACUUCCAAUCAACUCAACCAAUAUGUUGAUAAACCAGACAUUUUUAUAGGAGAUCCGUUUAGGAUGAAACGGUUUCUUUGUGGACGUUAUGCAUUUCGCUUAAAUGACAAUUGAUGUAUAAUUUCUUACCAAAUGGAUUAUGUUACUUUUCAAUGUGUUUGAAAUGGCCGAGUCAAUUUGAUAGACAAUUUAUUUGCUUGAUCAUCAAGAAAUCAGAAGAUAGGUUCUCGUUCUAAUAAAUUUGAUGGCUCCAUUUUGGUUUUCAGAAAUCAUGUUCUUUCUUGUUUGUUAACUAAGAAGUAAGAGUUUUAAAAUGGGCAAUUGUCAAUAAUAGUACAUUUUGAGUUUUUGUCACAAAAAUGGCAUUAGAAAGAGAAAGUCACAAAAAUGACAUUCAUUAAAGGA